AUGAUUCGACACGUUGGAUCCACAAUCAAUUUUGUAUUAGAAGCGAUUUCUCCAAUCCUUGUAAAUAUUACAUCUUCGAAUAUCCAUCUCACGGCAAAUAGUAUUAUAGACGGCAGAUCAAGAUAUUUUAUUCUCGCGUUAGCAAUUGCAUGUUAUUUUAUUUCAACUUUUUAUUGCUUUUUAGGAACUUUAUUCCGAUCAAGUGAACCGUCUAAAGACUCAAUAAGUCAUGCUUUUAUUAAACACACAGAUUAUUUUUGGUUAAUUCAACUUCCUUGCAUUGUACAACAACUUUGGAUAAUUGAUAAGUUAUAUGACUUCGGUAUUUACAUAAUUCUUACAGUUUCAUUGACAGUUUGUGUUUUAAUUCUCAGAUGGAAUUCAACAAUACCUUUUAUUACAGCAACAAGCAAUAUAUUCGCUAUUAAAGUCUUUGGAACAUCUCUUUUAACAAUUAUUGCCCUUUAUUUUGCAGUUAGUGGCGCAUUAUCAGAAUUUGCUUCUUUAAUAUUGGUCACAGCCUUUAUUGUCAUAUUCUGUACAUUCGGAGCAAAGAAACUCUUCAAUUUUUACUGUACCUUGAUUCGAAAAAGGUCAAGAUUUAAUCCAAAAAAUUUAAUUGACUUGGAUAACUACAUUAUCCUUCCACAUUUAUCACAUGCAUUGUUUAUACAGUUAAUACAUUACUUAAUUGUUAUAAAUUUUAAGGAAAUUAACAUUUUAUUAGUUGCUGCUAUAGAUUCUGAACGAGAUCCAGAGCUAACACUUGAAUGCGCUAAGUUAUUGAUGAUACAUUCUAUUAUUCCUCACAGAGUUCGAGAAAUGUUGUUAGAUUUCGCUAUCAAAAGCGUAUCUUUCCUUUCUAGGCCUACUUUGUGCGAAAUUCAGUAUAAAAUGGAUAAAUUCAAGAACACUGAUGAAGAUAUUGGUGAUUGCUUACAAGUUUUGGACGAUGCAAAACAAAAGGCUAAAAUUGCCCUUUAUGCUUUUGUGAACUCUUUAGUCGAUUCUUCACAAAAUAAGCAAAAGUAUAUAAAUUCAAUAAAUUAUGCGCUGCAGUCGCAUGAAUACUGCAAAAUGGCUGAGUACGCAAUAGAAGGAAACCCAAUGAGCUGUGAAAUCAUUACAAAUUAUUAUGAUUAUUUAAUUCACUGCACAGGUGACUUCAAGAGGAGUAAUGAACUAUUCAACAUAUCGAAUAGGAUCCAUAACUCAUUUAUAAACAUAUCUGGAAACACUCAUCCAUUUGUAGACAAUCAAUCAAAAUUUAAUAUACAAAGUGAAGCAGAUAUCGAGCAGAACAUAACUCACCAAAAAGCUUUAGACAUAAUAGUUAAUUAUCCACAGGUAAUUUUCUUAACUUUCGCAACAUUAUUGGGAAUUAUGUUAAUUUUUCCUGCUUAUACGAUAGAAUGGUUUUUAAACAGUUUCACGUUCAAUCCUGAGAUUUAUUUCAGCAGAAACCACUCUCCAGUACAAUUUAUAACCACAUUUUGCAGUACAUUACUCGAAUUAGCUUUUGCGAAGUUCGGAAGAGUACUUCCAAACACAGUUAAUCGGUUAUCGUUAGAGCCAAUUGCUAUUUCAACGCUCAGACAGUAUUUAAAUUCAAUAAAAUGUCCAACAGACAACCUACCAAUAUUUAGCGGGAUAGGACAAGAUGCAGUAGACUUUCCUGAGAAUUUCUACAGUAUUUUGACCAACCAAGUCGAAUAUUAUGAAGAUAAUUUAUCAAAUAUCAGAAUUAUGGAAGAAACUCAAACAGAACUCAACAAAAUGUAUGGUAUUUUUGAUAAAUUGAUUGAAAGAUAUUUCAUUACUUCUCAAAAAACAAAUGAUAUCGUGAAUUUCAAGUCAACAACGAUAUGUUUCGCGACUACGAUUGUUUUAGCUAUAAUUCUUGCUGUUGUUACGCUUAUUGUAUACACGAGGUAUAUAUUUACCAUAAUAAAUGUCAUGGAAUCGAUUGAAAUGACGACAUUAGAAGAAUUUCGUUCGAAAUUGUUUCUUUCCAUCAACCAGAACAAGACGAAUAUUGAAGGAGACCAAGAAAUAGAUAACGACGGUGCUCUAGAACUUGAAGAAAUCGAGACAAACGAAGUAAAUCACUUUGGACAAGUAGAUUACACUGAUUUACUUGAACAUAGUACGAAUGCUCCAUUAUCUUUGAGUGUUUUUGAUGCCGCUCGUCCGAAAACAUUGAUUUUUUAUAUUUUUAUGCUGAUAAUUUUCAGAUAUCUCCUUUGUCCAUUGACUUAUUUGAUUUAUAAGUCGACAAAAAGCAAUUACGUUGAAGAACAAAUUGCUACACAGAACGAGAUUAAUUAUAUCUCUAAUUUACUCCUUCAAUUUCAUAUAUUGAUUGUAAACAUGACAGGAACAUCAAUGUUUUCUCCGAAAGGAAUUAAGAUCAACCCUGAAUAUGACAAGGAUAUGAACGCGAUAAUAGAAGAAUGGAACCAGUUUACCACUCGUUAUACGGAGUUACCACAUAUGUAUAACAUUAAUUUUACUUUUAUCAAAUUUUACAAAAUUUAUCCAUUUAUGACGAAACUUUAUAAGCAAUCUUCGUCGUUUUCGGAGUCUAAUGCUAUGUAUGACGAGAGUUUGUUCUGGUUCGGUACUUUUCUUGUUAUAUUUUUAUAUAUUUGUGCAAUUGCAAGAUUUUCUAUGGUUCAGAAAUACGUUCAAGAGUCAAUUCGAAGACUUAUAUUAAUUUUGCACUCAAAGUACUCUGCUUCUAUAUUAAUUUUGAUGAAUGAUCUUGCAUUAGAAUCUGGGAACCACAGUUUCGAUUUUGAUGAGAUUUCUGAGCAGAUUGUGAAACAAUUAAGGGACCCUGUCAUCUUUUUCAACGCAGAUCUCAUUGUAACAGGUGUAAAUCAACAAGCAACUGCUCAAUUAAACUUAUCUGAUUAUUUAUACCAUUUAGAGACUAUUCUACCAAUUCCUGACAACAAAGACCUGUUCAAAUACCUCUUUAAUAUACGUCUUCCUUAUGGAGUAAGAGCUAGGAGAUGUUUUGAUUUUAUUGUUCAGACAAAAGAAGGAAAGAAGCCAUUUUCAGGUUGUUUAAUACCAAUAACUAAGGAUAAUACCAUCGAAUACGCAAUAACGAUGCGAGAUCGUUCAGAUAUAAUUGAAAUGAAGAAAGACAUGGACUUCUUAAAGAUGUUGGUGCAGAGACAACUUAAGCGGCUCAUUCCUUUACCUGUUUUCGACAUGAUGGUCGAUGACAACCUUCAGCAAGUUUUUUCAUCAGAUGAAUCAGCUGUUUUAUGCGUCAGAUUGAACAAAGUCAACAAUAAAAUACCUGAUGAGAACUCCUACAUACUAGAUGAGUCCGAUAUUACGCAAAUGGCGCUUUCUAUUUUCGAUAAAUUAGUUUUGAAGUACACAACGAUCACAAAACUAAGAUCUUUUAAUGGAAACUUCAUUUUCGUGUCCUCUUUGUUCACGAAACAGUCAGUUGAAGUUUCAUUAAAAAAUCUUUUAGAUUUAGUCACAGAUUUCGCAAUAGAAAUCCACAAAAAUCUCGAUUACGAGUACUUGUUCAGCGCAUCAAUCAAUUGCGGUGGACAAAUCUUUGGAUCUUUGAGUGGAAUCACGAGAACUUUGUUUGACGUCUGGGGAGACUCGAUGAUCAACUGUUUCGACUGUUUGGACUUGGUUCCUCCUGGAAAAAUACUUUUCCUCGAAAACGCGUACGAAAAAUUUUCAAAUAAGAAUGAUUUGAGUUUGUACGUUGUACAGAGAGAAUUACCUUACAAAGUGUAUGUCACUAACUCAUACAUCGGUAUGAACUUCGAUUAUAAUCUAUAG